GGCCGUAAAGGGAAAGCACGCAGAGCGGACCACUUCCGCGUCUUUAAUGUCAAGGUGCCUCUGGAGCGGGUUCUAAACCGUUGUAUGUUAUCUCACACAGAUGCUCCCGCUCCGCUCUGCUGCCACCGUCGCGCGUCAUGUAUCAGCAACACUGCCUCCAGCCGCAGCAUGUAUCGUCUGCACCUGCUCUUGCGGCAACCUGUUUCGCAACCGCUCCAAUGCCCUACUCCCGGCGACCGCCCGCCGCACCAAAGUCAAUAUGUCCGGUCGAAGUGCCCCCAAGAUGAAGGCGAUGCGAUCAGGAAGGACAACACUUACUUCUGAGGAGGCCAAGCGCCGGAAAGAUGCUCGGGAAACGCUGAACCUCCUGCCACAUAAGAUGCUUACCCACUGGUAUCGCAAUGGUUGGCUUCAGAUUGUACCAGACAACAGUAUAGAUUUCCUGAACGAUCUCGCCGAAUUGGCACAAGCAUCCAGCGGUCGGCCGGGCAUGGAUGUCGGCCAGUUCAGACAGCUGGCGGAGAAGUAUGGUCUCUCAGUCACUGGUGGCGAUGUGCUCGGCAUUGCCGUAAUCCUUGUGAACCUUGGGCGGAACCAAGACGACAACCGCUUUUUGGGUCAAAGGCUGCUGCACACGCUCAGUGAAGCUGGCAACGUGGAGGCGACCCUACGAGUGUUGAACCACGAACUGGUGGGCAGUAAAGCGGACCCGAACCGCUUGCGAAGUGCAACUUUCAACACCUUGCGUGGUCACUUGAGGCAGCAUGUGAGGGAGGGGCGUGAGUUUCGGACAUGCGUGCUAGAAGGCAGGAUCGCCUACGCACUGGGGGAUGAGGACUAUGCGAUCAGCAUGUGGGAGCGCAGUCUUGAUCUGGCGGCGGAGUGGAGCGAGCGUACACGCCCAGACGCUUUAGGGAGGCUCCUGCUUCGCCGACGGGACGAGAUAGAGCUGACCUCGCCGUGGAUUGAGCUGACGUUGGUCUACUUUGAGCGUUACGACAAGCUCUAUCGCCGAGGUGAUAUCAGUAAAGCGUUGCUCAUGUUGGACAAGAGUAGGAGGGCGAUGGAAAUCGGAUGUAGGCAGGAUGACCCGACGAGCCAUUACCAUGCGGCCGAGUUCUUCAAGGAAGUCAGUGAAGACGGCAGUACGAGGUACACGAGCACGUGGCUUUACAACAUGACGAAAGCCGCCGCUUCAGGACAUGUCAAGGCGGCGCAUGCUUUAGGCGUGUUCUAUGAAAGUACAGGGUGGAAGUAUAUCGAGGAUGAACCGCCCGAUCAUAUCAAACCGACCCCAUUCGACUCCUAUCCGCCACCGGCAACCACGCAAAGUCCGCCAUCCGGCUUCUUGUCCUCUAUACGCAGCAUGUUCGGAUCUAUAACAACAUCUCGAAUGUCAGAGACAGAGGCAUCACGUCUAGAUCUCUUCCAGACCGCCGUCUUCCCCAGCACGCCCCUCGAGCGCUGGACCCUCGCCUUGCGCUGGCUCGAAGUCGCCAUGGACAGCAUGUACGCGCCAGCCUACCUCCAAACAGCAAAGAUGCUACUGGAAACCUCGCUCUGGGCCAACGCACAAGCACCACCAUCCGCCCUAGACAUGACACCCGCCCGCUACACCUACGCCAGUAAAGAAGACUUCGACGCCGGACGCCCUCUCCCAUCCGCAAACGAAGGAUUCGCUUCUGAAGACAUCCCCGCCGAAGACAAAAUCCACGAUCCCCUCCUCGCCCGCAAAUACCUGACCGAAAUCUUCCACGCCCACCGCGCCGUAAUCUACAAGCGCGAGCGAAUCGCGCACACGCAAGCCUACUGGCGCAAAAUGCGGCAGUCCAGCCGCGCAGAGGGCCACGAUUUGGAGGACCACGAGAUCCCGAGUCAGGUCCCCGAGGACGUACGGAAGUGGUUGCGCUGGCCGGAUGUCAUGGAGAUGUAUGAAGGCGAGAUGGAUGGGUUGGUGGCGCAGGCGAAGUGGCUGUGUGAUAAGCAUGAGUGGGAUGUUUUGGAUGAAAGGGGGGGCCUUUUGUACAAGGCGAAUUUGGGCAACGUGCAGCUGGAGACAGGGGCGAGAGGUGCGGCUGCUGCUGCUGCUGCUGCUGCUUGACCAUCCAUCUAAUCUCGCGCACUCUGCGCUAAGUACGAUGACAUCCGAUUUCUUCAUCUCAUGCGCGCUGGAGACAUUGUCAUAAGCCGUUGAACGCAACGCCUUGCACUCCUUCUGCGCGUCUAAACGCGUGGUUUGUGCAAUCAUCUCUCCCCCCUGACGCGGCUCAGCGAUACUUCCACUGUCUUCCACGGGCAUGUGAGGAUGCCGCGGACGCGACAUCGGCCUGAUCAACGAGCUGUUAACGAACUGGCUCAAUC